UUUGGACUGAACCAUUUAGCUAACGCGCGUUGGUCUGUUCAAGGUUACGAUCAUAUGGAUAUAAACGGAAGCCUGUUUAACGAAUCAGGAGAAUAUGAACAAACCAUAGAUGAGCAAAUCCCAGCAAUAUACACUUCGGAGGAUGAGCGUAUUCGGACACCAGCUGUCUUAUCAGAUACCUCGCGCUCACCCAUUUUUUCCGAUAACCGUCAGCAAGUAGUACAACCGUUAAGAAGUGAUAAUAAACAUGCGGAAAACGAUACAAAUAACUCAUCAGUACCAACAAAGAAAGCUAGAUUAGCAAGUAAGUGUAUAAUGCAGUUCAUUUCCUUUUUGUCCUUUUACUCAAUAGUUCCUUCGGGUUUAGUUUCCUAUGCCAUCGACGAAGAUGAUGAUGAGCAUACGGUGUUAGAUACAGAUCAGAACACUGAUUCUGAUGGUGAAAAUGAUCCUAAAUCAAAAGGUGAUCAUGGAUUCCAUCUUGGUAGUAUGGAUAUUCCGUUGGAUAAUUCGGGUGGACCCCCAACUAUUUUCAGUUCUGACCAGCCUAUCAACAUCUUGUCCCAAAACCAAGUUCAUAUUUCAGAACCAGUAAAUGAUGUAAAAAAUCCAAACCUAAUCACUAUUGAAGCGAAAGCAGAAAGUCCAACCCUUACAGAACGCCUUAUUCAAGCGGUUCAAUUGCCCUCUGAACCUACUGGUCACUGUUCAAUGGUGCUUCAAGAAAGAGUAGAGCGAGCAGUGCGUCGUAUGCGCUUGGAUAUAAGCUACGAUCCUAACAGAGCAAUUCAAGAUAACAAAGCGUUCCGUAAUCCCAGGUGUGUAAGCGUGUGGACAAACAUAAACUCAGUUUUAUUUUAGUAUUUAUGAAAAGCUGAUCGAUUUUUUGAAAAUUGACGAGAAAGGAACUAACUUCUCUACAGUAAGUCUACCGUUACAAAUGCCUAAUAUCAUGUAAUUCAUAGAUACUAAUCUAGUGUUCGUGUGCUUAGUAAAUUAUAUUGAUAUUAAGGUGUAAAGAAGAGGCCAUUUUAUGUGUUAACUAUGUAUUUAACAAGUAUAAACGCCCUAAAAACGGCAUAAAAUAUUGAUAUGUUUAAAAUAGUGUGAAGAUCUCUAUACGGUAGUUCUGGGUUUUAGUGAGACACAGAUUAGUAUAGUGAUGUUUUCCAUAUUAUCCACUCACACAUUCGCGUAACCGCAACUGAUUUUGAGCCAUAAAUUACAAUUUGCUUGUAUAUUUCAGACAGGAAGUGCGUAUCUCCUCUACGCGGUUCAGAUCAAUAUCUAAUGAAUUAAUAAACUGGUCUCGUAUCUUAGUAUAAUCCCUCUGAUUCCAAUCUACUUAUUGUCUUGCCAACAUAUCGUACUAGUAUAGGGGUUGGCUACGACGUGUUACGUACGUACAGUUAAAAUCAAUGAUAGUGCAUAGCUUUAUUCACUGACUUAACACAUUAACAUAGGUGUGAGGGCUGUUAAUACUAAUUGAUCGCCCAAACUCAAGUAAGGAGAUUGAGGUUUGAGCCUUCGGCUGUGGGUGAAAGUCGAACGCCCUAACCACUGGAAUACCAUCAAACUGAUAGGUAUUCAUUUUGAUAGAAUAUACAAACAGAUUGUGUUAUUUCCAAUGCUUGAUGUGGUAUUGUAAUAGCAUCUUAUGUGGAUUCCUAUGUUAUUUUAUGGGUAAAACAUAAAGCUAAGUCUUUGUUUGGUAACCAAUGUAGCUGAGUUUAUCAAGCUUAUUUUAUACUAUUCACUCUUUGUAUGUAAAAACAUUUAUGUGAAACUUUAUGAAGACUGACUGUACGUAAUAUAUCAUAAGUACUUUAUGACUCAUACUUUGAUCAGGAUAUAUACGAUCCCUAUCGUUGGACUCCGCAGUCAUAUUAUGAAGAACUUGCAAAGGUGCAAAAUCGUGAAAUCGACCGACUGAUGAAAAUGCAAAAAGAACUUAAAAAAUCUGACCCAAAUACAACGAAUGCAAACAACAGCACAAGUGCGAAUGCACCUAAAAAUCCAAUUACUAGCACAGACAAACCCAUUACUACAUCUGGAGGGUCCGUUUCUACGGGGUACAUAGGUUAGCUAAUGUAUUUUUCUGAACUAUAUCUAUUUCUCCCUUAAAAAACGUGCUGAAGAAAGUGUAGAUAUGACAGUGUCAUAACACACAUGAAUCGUAAGUAAAUGUAAAAAGAACAUUUUUUCUCAUAUAUAAAAGAUUUGAUUCAUUGCUAAUUAUAGUAGGUGGUGAUGUCCCCGAAUGAGUAAAUCACUUUAUAAAUGUUAUUCGUAAAAUAAUCUGCUUCAUGCUCACUUUUGCCUUAUCAACAAAUCCUGAAUAUAGGGUCUAAAAAUAAAGGGCGGAAAUAACAAAUCUAGCACUCUAACAGUUGAGAUUGAAAUUAUACUAACCUACUACAUUUUCAAAGUAAUUUUGUCUGUUUUUAAGAUAACCUGUUACAUAGUCUCGUAUAUGAUUUCUAGGAUGUUAUAUAGAAUGGUCAGUUUAGUAUGUUAUAUUGUGGCAUAAAUUGAGUACAAAACCAGUACUCAAUGAACGCCUGGAGAUAUGUAAGUUAGGCGUGAAUUAUACUUCACAUGCACUUCCAAACCCCCGAAGUAAACAUUCAUUAUAUACAAAGUAAUAGGUUGUACCUAAAUAAUGCUUUCUACAAUGUAGUUAAUAAACAUUUCCAUUCUUUGUGUUGUAAAUCUUGUCUAGCAGUAAAAACCUUUUCAUUGUUUAUAUAGAUUUAGGAAUAGACUAUUUAGAAGGGAACCUUACACUCGUUUACCGCUAGUGUUUCCACUAUGCGUCUUAGAAAUUGCCGAUUUCAUUUCCACCAAUCUUUGACGUUCUUGCUCUAACUGUAUUUCGAAGAACGGUCUUUUCAAUCAUUGUAAACUGAUAUGUUUUAACAAUUACAGAUCCAUCAAAUAUAUUUCGGUGUAGAAGAGUGGGAAGACUCGUGAAAUAACCUUUAUAAAUCCACUGAAUAAAACUACAUAGCAUUAGUGAAGAUAGCAAAUUGACUUACUAUUAUUGAAGAAGCAAGUAUUAACACAAAAUGAAAUGUAAGAUCUUUCAAUAGACUGUUAACUACUGGUAUCAUUGAUAAAGCGAACGCUGAAUGUAAAUUUCACACCAGUUACUCUCAACUUCGAACGAUUUCGAUUCAGAUCAAAGGAUUAAAAUGUAGCUACGAUUGUAACAUCAGUAACAUUUCAUACAAUUUUAAUAAUCCAUAGACUAGGAACAUAUGACUUAACCUUUUUUUGUAGGAUUAUAGCUUUGCUAUAGCAAAGCUAUAAUUACUUGAAGGACAAAAAAUAGACACAACCUUUUAAAAAUAAGCAUGUCGAUCAAAAAUCUAAAUUUUGUUAGUCAAAAGACAACCUAGAAAACCAUACUUUCCAAAAACCACAUAACCUAUUCAUCACUUUUGUAAUUACGAUUGUAAUCAAUAAAUUUGAGCGUUAUAAAGUCUACUAGCCACAUGAUUACAGUGACAGGUCGAUAUUGCUAAUAACUAAAAACUCAGAAUCCUUUUCAUGUAACUUUGUAUUCUUGAUUCAAAUUAUCAUACUUUUAUUUUACAGAACCAAAAAAACCAAGUAAAUGGGACACAGGUAUUCCUACCAACGUUCAACCCCAUGAUACAUCCUCAGAAUCUGUUAAGUUAUCUGUUCCUCCCGUUGGAAGUUUGAUCAAACGAAAUUAAAACUAAUCCAAGUUACCAGAUAAUGACUUUGAAAUACGCUGCUCUUUUUAUAAUUUUUCGAAAAUAUUUUUCAAGAUGUUAAUACAACAAUAAAAGUGAAAUACUCAACCGU